CAGUGGCCGAAAGCCGAACACAAACCCGUUGAUUUCGAGGGCUCCUUGAGGUCUGUUGCAUUGCGGGCGAAGUUUUGUAUCGGUUUUGUAACAUGUCCGAUUAGCAUCGGAGCCGUGUGCGUGGGUGCAGUGAACGUGUCUAUACCUGUGCAUUAUUUUUAAUAGAGUUAUGCUGACGCCGCCGCACCAGUUGGGGCAGAAGAUAGCGCGGAAAUGGGGCUGAAGCGUUGCGCGGUUGAAAGCGGAGUGCAGGUCGAUGCGGUGAGCGGAAAAUCCUAUUGAAGUAGAAAGACAAAAAAAAAAAUACCUUAAAAGACAAAGAAAAAAACAAUGAUGACCGCCAUGGCUAGACUCCCGUGCAAGCAAACCUUGCCGUCGCAGCAAUCGGGUGUCAAUAGCUUUGGCACCAGGGGAUACUGGGACACGCAGGUCAUGCAGCCGACUCAAACGGCCCAAACGAAUCAGCAACCCCAGCUGGCGACCACCCUCUACGUCAGAAGUAACCGUCACCAGGGUGAUUACGCGGGAAAGAGGAAAAGCGCCGUAGAGCUGCUUCAAGAGUCCAAGGCGUUUUACGUGAAGAGCGAAACGGUUUUGGAUAGGAAACAGGAGCUGAAAAACAGCGGUCACCUUCAAGUUUCACAGUUAACCGCGCCCGGGGCACCACCGCGACUUUUGCGGAAGUGUAGCAACGCCGGAACCUGUACCAUUCAACCAACUUCUCCACAACUUCCAACACCGCUGACACCCCCGUGUUGUUGGUCUAAUUGUCACGACCAGGAUAGACCUGACGGAUUAUUGAGCCCACAAAGAUCGCUGCCACCGCCGACGUUGCCGCCGAAGAGUCCUCGACUAGUCCCAGUCCCUCAAAGACGCACAAUAUCCGGUCCCCCCAGUGGCAACGGAAGUGACCAGUUGCAAACGAAGCUUAGAAGGCUUCUAAACACUGACAGCAAAGAGAAUGUUUUCUUCCCCGAUACGGCACCACCACCGUCGCCACUGGCUCAAGGGAACAGAGUAGCUACAAGAGAAGACAAGUUCAGAUAUUCACCCGGAGGUCCGGCAUCCGUCAGCUGCAGAGAAGAUGACCGCAACUUGCAUGGGGUACCACUUGAUAUUUGCUUCAAAUUUGGUAGAAGCAAUUCUCAUUCCCAUUCAUCCGGAAGGUCUGGAAAAAAAUCAAGCAAUUCGUCGCCUGCUGAAACAACCGUAUGUCAUAAGUCACUUCCUGAUCUUCACUGUACCAGUACAAGAAGUCGUGCAUCCCUAUCUCCACAUUCGUCAUCAAAGUCGUCCUCUAAACCAUCGGCGUCUGGGCAACAACAAACGAUUAAUAACUGCCCAGAUUGUGAAACUAGCUCAGAUUAUUCGGAACAUAGCUUCAAACGAGAUGCCAGCUGCUACCAAAGUUCUAGGCAUAUUAAACGGUCUUUGGGGUCAGGAGGUGGAGAUGCAAGUAGCGUGUUGUCGUCUGGUGGUCGAACACAGAAAUCUUCAGGAUCAAGCAAAUUGAGUCAUGGAGCAACAGCGAGAGAUUCUGGUGGCUCUUCUGGUCACUGUACCCAUCGUAGCGAGCCUCCAUCUAGAAUUCAAGACUGCUGGAGUCAUAUUCGUAGAGACAGCGGAGCUUCGACACAACAUUCCACAGAAAAAGAUAGAUCAAGAAAAAGUAGUUAUGGAAGUUGCACGCCGCAAUCUAUGGUGAGACCAUACACACCAGACUCAGAAAGCAGUAAUAGUCAAACAGAUUUCAGCCCAACACGAAACUCAAGGUUUUCAGAUAGUUGGAAAGAAGAAAGGGGCAGACCAAUAUUGCGAUCGAAGUCGGAUAUCAGCGACCGCUACUGGCGACAUGACAACAUUCGUUCAAAUAAAUCAACACAUCCAACUCGUUCAGUUGCACAGCUUGAAAUUUUUUUCGACCGUCUCGGCCUAGAUUCGGACAAUUAUCAUCGCAUUACCGAUCCAGAUUCAAAGUCCUCUUCCCCAGUUUUCUUUGACAGUGUUAGUUCCGUCGAUUCUGCACUGGGACUGUACUCAUGGGCUGGUAACAAUCAAACAAAUCAGUGGCAAAAUAACAAUUGCAGCAUUGGAAGAGGAGGAAAUGACGAUUGCAAUCAGAAGCCAAGUGAUCCACCGAGUAUAGUGGAACGUAAUGCCAGGAUCAUUAAAUGGCUUUGCCAAUGUCGGAAAGUGCAAUUUGGCUACAGUUAAACCAGUCGAUGGCCAAUUUUUUUAAAAAGUAACUCCAAAUUUUGCUAUUUUCCACUUUUUUUUUAAAAUACAUUUUGCAUGUGAUAGCUGAUACUCUAUUCGAUUUAGGUGAGUAACUUACAUUCCAGAAUAGCGAAAAACUGAAAUGAAUUAUAGUUAUCUUGCUCCUUUAUCUCCUAACAGAAUAUGUAGACUUCUGUCAACAUUUAGUGUGAGCUUUGACUUCAGAUAUCAAUGAUCCAUUUGACGAUUCCCUAGUUUAUAGAGUUUUAUUAAAAAUGAAUCGUUUGCUUAUUAUUGCAUAUAUAUGUAUAAAGAAUAUUUUUAAAUGGUGUUUCAGAAACACACGUGCCAUUUUCUUUGUAAUUUUAAUUAGUCAGAAAAUUUUGACCCUGCAAUAUAUUCCUAAGUGAUUACCUAGUGGAGAGUGGAGGAUUUUCGUUCAACCUUAAUUUGUAUGUAUGAUAAUUAGGGCCUAUAAUUCAUUUCGAUAAUUCGGCAAACUCUAUGACUGGAUACAUAUUCAUUAACCGUUGCCUUUCUUAGUUUAUUUAUCUAUUAAAUAGAUACGUUAUUGAAAUUCCUAAUUUCUCAAAGCUGUUACACGGUGUAAAUACUGUUUCAUUUUUUUUAAAGACGCAGCCGAGGUUAUGCGUUUUAUUCUUCAUUAAUUGCUCCCAUCUGCCAUCAAUCUUCGCUUUCGAAGUGCAUAUAAAAAGUUCAGUUGGGCCAAUAAUGUAGCUCCUUAUAAUGACGAUAUUCAAUAAUUGAAAUUGGAUUGAUCAGAUUUUUUUCAAUUACCAAGGAUUACCAUCAAUGUAGUACAGCUUUUACAUUCUUUCUGAUACAUUUAAGGUCACUAGUGUGUAGUCUGCUGCCACUUGUUUAACAUGAGAAGCAAAUGCCAUCAGUGGCUUUUGGGUAUAUGAUUAUCGUCAAUAUCUCUCGGCUGUAUCUGUAAGUUCCUCAGUUUAUUGCAUUAGUUUUAAAUAUUGUGACAAACAACUCAAAAAUAAUGCCUUCACUUGCUGGUGUUAAAUACCGCAAAUAUACAACACACUCAAAUAACGUUUACGAUCAAAUUUUUUUUGACGGAACAGUGAUCUAGUAGUGAAUUCAACGUAUAGAAAUUGCAUAAUAAUUGAAGACUUGAAUUGAUCAAGGCUGUAAGUAAAAAAACCCUUUUAACAAACAUUAACUUGGGGCUUUUCUUAAUGCAAAUCUUCAGUAAUUUGAAUGAUGCGUACUUAAGUAGAUGUAGAUAAGAUUAUACUCUAUUAAUUCUCAGAAAUUUAAUGUGUUUACAAAGAUUAUGUGGUGCAACAUAUCUCGUGUACAUAUUCUGGGACAAUUAUGUCUUGAAUAUUCAGUCAUCAAUGCAUGAUGUUGAUAUUAAUUCAUAAUCAGAAUAUUGGUAAUAAUCGAUAACCUGAUUAGUAUGAUCAUUAUUGUAUUCCAGGUGCAUUAAUAUGCAGUGAGCAUAUUUUUUGUUUGUGAGAAUUUGGCAUUUUUCAAUUAAUGGUGAAAUAGAAAAUUAAUCAACAUUCUUUAAAAAUUAUCGCACUCAGCAGCCGUUGCAUUGAUCAAAAUUUUUCGUAGCGUUAUACGUAUAAUUCAUUUUGGCGUGUUCAAAUUUGUGUCUUAAAAAGUACGUAUCUAUCUGACAAUUUAAUUAUUUUAUGCUAGCAGGUUUAACAAUAAUCUGUACACUGCAUUUAAAUGUCCUGUUGAAAUAGACAUAGACUUAUGAAAUUAGUCAAUAUAUAUUGUUCUACAAUUAAGUAGUAUGUACGCGUAACAAGCUCUUACGACCAUUUAUAGUAAUCGAGACUUGAGAUAGAUUUGAAAAAAUUGUAGUAACUGUAUUUCAGCCAACUUGUCUUCAUUCGAUACAUACAGUUGGCAGAUAUUAUUAACGUAUUAUGAAAUAAUAGAUAAUGUUAAAAAUUUGAGAUUUUCAUCUUUCUAUAUUUAAAUAGUGUUCUGAAAAAAAAAAAUAUAUAUACACACACGCGCGCGCACGCACGCACACACACACACACACAAUUAUUUAUAUACGUAUAUGUAUAUAUAUAUAUAUAUAUAUAUAUCUAUAUUACGUAUAGAGAUUAGUCAAAAUGUUCGUCAGAUUAGAUCGGACAGAAUAAUUAUUGUAAAAAAGAAUAGAGUUCGAAAUUUCUUAGAAAAUGUUGACCAAAUACUUGUUAGACAAAGGUUUCGAAAUGUCUCUUAGAGUUGUUUUACGUGAAAUUUACAAAUCGGUUACUGUUUGUUGAAGGAGAGAUAUGCAGCUCUCUGAAUUUUGUUAAUAUUUGUAUCAAAUAAUCUAAAUCCUUAUGUAAGAUAGACUCAAGAAUCGUAUCCAGAGUAUUUAUACUAUUCGAUUAUUGCGUGCUUGCACCAACACCCCAAAAAGAAUCUUCAAAUUUACAUAUAAUGUAAGCAAUGUUUUUGAAAUAUAACUGACCGUUAUUGAAUAUAAUUUUGGUAUGAAGUAUUUGUAUCAAGUAUUAUGUUUCUAAAUAUUUUAUCCGUAUUAUAAACUUAAUAUGUUACGAUGUGGAAAUUAUUUUGUGCAACGUUAUUUGUUGAACGUUCCUUCACAAAAUUUGAAUAGAAUGUCGUUGGUUGCUGCAAACCGAGAUUCAUACAAAACCGCAUAAAGAUUGAAUUAUUCCAUAAAUUACGUAAUACUUGCUGUUUAAUAAAUCACAUACACUGCCACUGUGCACAAAACUCAAAAAUAAGCUGAAUAUCUUUUACCUACUGAUUAUGAAGUAUAAUAUUUAAGGUUGUUACAUUCAUAAAGUUUUAAUUGCUUUUUGAUGCUCUAAUCUUGUACAGUAAAGCGUAUUAAUGACUUAUUAAAUAAUGUUACAGUUAUUCUGCCGUAUAUACGCUCCAUAAUCUGCUGCCGAAGUUGCAUUCAUUUUAGUGUAGUAAAUAUUGAAGUGCACUUUUGAAAUUCUUGUAGUUCAAAGCACUAAUAUAAUAUGGAAGUUUCAGAUAUGAAAAAUUGAAUUUUGUGGUUCUGAAACAGGGUAAAAAUGGAAUCUGAAAAUUAUAAAUAUUAAUCAUAUACUUACAAAUACAAAGGGUUCAUUAUGUUUCACAUUUAUCCUAACAUUAGCUAACCCACAAGUUAAUUUUUCAUAGUUUGAACACCUUGUAUGGUACAACCUUGGUAAAUAAAUAAACAGUCUGUGUUUUACAAUUCUGAAAAAAUAUUUUUUUGAUUACGAUAUAUUAUUCUUCAUUUUAAUACGAUUGCCAGCAUGACCGGGUCGAAACCUUCGUAAAAUUAUAUAUUAUGGAGUUUGGAAUAUUGUAAUUAUAAUUGUGAAUUUUCUUAUUUCAUGGGAUAUGCAAUUCAUUGUACAAGUAUAAAGUUUCACAUAUGCAGUUUUAUUUAGAUUAAAACUGUAACAUCUGUGUUUAUAACAAAGUUAGAACUUGAAACAUUUUAUAAAAAUACAAAUAUAUUUUUGUCUAUAACUCCAGUUAUAGUUAGUUGUCAUUACAGUAAAAACAUGAAAUUCGUGAUGGCAUGAACCUGCUUAUCGUCGAUCAAAUAUAUUUUCAUUGUGUUUAUUCAUCUUCCGCUAGCAUUUAAUGCAACAUACAUUACUUGUGGUAACAUAAAAAAUAUGAACGGAUAGCAAAUGACAUUAUAACUGUUUUUGAUCUGACCUAUUGAUAUUACGUUCUGGUGGAUAUAUGUCAUUGAAUAGGUUCUUCUACUUUUAAGUUUCAUGUUUGACUGUAAUAUUUAAAUAUAAUAGGUAUUUAAUAUAGGUAUUUUUAAAUAUAAUACAGGUAUUUACAAUGUCUUAGACCAAAUUCCACUGGCGUAUACUUCUGUAACAGAAUGUUGUUGCACCUCGUAUGAUUCAAGGGCAAGGAAACUAUGAGGAUAAUAUG